AUAAUAAAAUGUCAAGGAAUAUUCCACGAAACAAGAAGAAGUCUUAUGGGAAUGACGAUGUUGACGAAGUGCACAGCACAGAGAAAGAGUUCAUGAAGGGAGACCCUACCUUAAGAAGUGACCAUUCCUCUGUAGAAGGUGGCAUACUCCUGAAGAAAUCCGAUUCUAAUGUGAACACCAACAGUGGUUUUGGAAGUAGUGGGAAUGAUGAUAAAAGUUUGACAUCCAAAAGGAAAGCACCGUCAACAAGUAAGUUUAAUCGCCUGCCCUUCCUCAGGCUAAAUUCUAACAAGAGGAGAAGCUGGAUAGCUAGAACUUAGCUGAUAGACUAU